AUGAAGAGACAGGGAGCUUUGUCUGUGUGUGUGUGUCUCUCUGUCUCUCUACAUUUUGUCUUGCAGGCAAAUCCCCCUCCUAUCAUCGUCAACGCGGACAAUCUGGAUUCACCGUCUUACCUCAACGGCAGCGAGGCGGAGUACGAGUAUGAAGAGAUCACGCUGGAGAGGGGGAACUCGGGGCUCGGGUUCAGCAUCGCGGGCGGCACCGACAACCCGCACAUCGGCGACGACCCGGCCAUCUUCAUCACCAAGAUCAUCCCCGGCGGCGCGGCCGCACAGGACGGUCGGCUCAGGGUGAACGACUGCAUCUUGCGCGUGAACGAGGUGGACGUGCGGGAGGUGGCGCACAGCCGCGCCGUGGAGGCGCUCAAGGAGGCCGGCUCCAUCGUGCGCCUCUACGUGCGACGCAGACGCCCGCUCAGCGAGACCCUCGCCGAGAUCAAGCUCGUCAAGGGGCCCAAGGGCCUUGGCUUCAGCAUCGCAGGCGGCAUCGGCAACCAGCACAUGCCGGGGGACAACAGCAUCUACGUGACGAAGAUCAUCGACGGGGGCGCCGCGCAGAAGGACGGACGCCUGCAGAUCGGAGACCGCCUACUCGCGGUGAACGCCAUGUGCCUGGAGGAGGUGACGCACGAGGACGCGGUGGGGGCUCUGAAGAGCACCUCGGACGUGGUGUACCUCAAGGUGGCCAAGCCCACGAGCCUCUACCUGUCGGACACCUACGGGCCGCCCGACGUCACCAGCGCCUACCCCCCCAGCAUGGACAACCACGUGAUGGGGCCCAGCGGGUACGGGGGCAUCCACGGCCCCCCCUCACCCUCCCGCUACUCCCCCGUGCCCAAGUCUCUGAUGGGCGACGAUGACAUGCUGAGCGGCCCGCGCAAGAUCGCGCUGCACAAGGGCUCGACGGGGCUGGGCUUCAACAUCGUGGGGGGCGAGGACGGGGAGGGCAUCUUCAUCUCCUUCAUCCUGGCGGGGGGCCCCGCCGACCUGAGCGGGGAGCUGCGGCGCGGGGACCAGAUCGUGUCGGUGAACGGCAUCGACCUUCGAGGAGCCACGCACGAGCAGGCGGCCGCAGCGCUCAAGGGCGCCGGCCAGACCGUCACAAUCAUCGCGCAGUACAAGCCCGAGGUCCCCGUCUCGCGGCGGCGGCGGCGGCGGCGCGGGAGAUCCAUCGGCCUCGUCGCGCACGAACUCCGCGCCGGCCCACGACCCCGCGUGCCGGAUCGAGGGGGGGGACCCCCGUUCGGGGGCCGUUGCUGCUCCCCCCAACUCGUCGGCCCCUUGGAGACGCUCGCGGCUGCCGCCCAGGUGGUGGCGGUGGCGGCGGCCAGCACGCCCAGGCACAGCUCUUGGGCGCUGCUCGCGCGGCGAAGCCUCGGGGCAGCGCCGCAGACGCCGCCGGGCUUGACGGCCAGCGCGGAGUGCAUCGCGGCAGCCUGGUCGCUCGCUCGCAAGCUCGGCUACUCAUCCACCCGCUCGCCCGCUUAG